AUGUCUGCCUACGAAUACCUGACUGUGCGCACGGGCACAAUGACGCAAGGAAUUCUCGUCUCUCAAAUUUUGAAGAAAAACCUCCGACUCCCGCUCGAACAGACCAAAGACGCGGCUGCAUUCACUCUCAUCACGGCAGAUAUCGAAAACAUUCUUGUUGCCAUUGAUUCCCUACAUGACUUUUGGAUUUCAUUCCCAGAACUUGGUCUUGGUCUGUAUAUGAUGUGGACACAAAUUGGCCCUGCGUUCUUCUUGCCUUUCCUACCCAUCGUUGCCAUUAUCUAUGUGUUCUUUCAAAUCGGAAAAGCGCAGGGUCCAGCCACACGCGCCUGGAACAAGUCCAUCGAAGUUCGUGUUGGCCAGACAUCCGGUUUACUCGCUCAGAUUAAGGGUAUCAAGAUGAUUGGCCUUGAGAAAACAAUCACCGAAUUCAUCCAAGGACUGCGUAGUGACGAGAUGGCCAUUUCUAAGUGGUCCCUCAGGCUGAGCAGCUACCAGGUGGCAUGCAGGAUGUCUUUGACUUGGAUCCCAGGAGUCUUCAUGAUGAUCGGAGGCAUCUACUGGACUGUGUGGCGUGAUCAUGCUGAUCCCACAUCUGUAUUCACAGCUAUGUCUAUGCUCUAUCUCCUGCAUGAUCCAACCCAACAGAUCUGUCGUUUUUGGUCGCAUUUUGCCGCAAUGUUGGCUUGCUUCGACCGGAUACAGGCUUUUCUCAACCGUGAGGAGCGUGUUGAUCAUCGAAAACUCCUCACCAAUACUGCCACUGAGAAAGCGGAAGGUGAAGCAGGAAUACCGACACUGUCGAUGGACAAUGUUUCUGUUAGCGGAAGAGAUGGACAGACAUCUAUCCUCAAGAACAUUGAUCUUUCUGUCCCCAAAGGAAGUCUCACCAUGAUUGCUGGACCUGUUGGAUCUGGUAAGACAGUCCUGCUGAAAACGUUGCUUGGUGAGACUGUUGUUACCUCUGGCACGGUCUCAAUUGCGACGGAUAAUUUUGCCUACUGUGAUCAGCACCCCUGGCUGCCAGAUAUUCCAUUGAAAGACGUCAUUAUCGAGGGUGCGGAAUUCGACAAAGGACGUUAUGAGGCGGCUGUUAAAGCGUGUGAGUUGCUCCAUGAUAUUUCCCAACUCUCCAAAGGCGACCAAACACGCGUCGGCCUCAACGGCUCUAAUCUCAGCGGAGGACAAAAGCAACGUCUGGCCCUAGCCAGAGCUGUGUACGCUUUAACCCCUGUCGUGAUUUGUGACGACGCUCUCAGUGCAUUGGAUGGAGCAACAGCAAAGGCGGUCUUUGACAAUGUGUUUGGACCCAGCGGUCUUCUCAGAAGAGAUGGACGCACUGCAGUCCUUGCCACGCAUGCUGUCGAGUUCCUGCGGGAUGCCGACCAACUCAUUGAGUUGGAUGCGUCCCACAACAUCACUACACAUACCGACAAAGGCGCAAUCGACGAAUUUAUCGAAAGAAUGAAAGCCCGCUAUACACGCCAACCUACUCAAGACGAUGCCUCCAACAGCCAGGUAACAGAUAUCCUGAAUGAGCUGCACAUAGAAGCGGAGCAGAUGCACCAAAUCCGCCCUACGUCCGACUUCUCGCUUUACAAAUAUUUGUUUCAAGGAAUUCCCUGGUGGAUAACGACUGCGUGGCUUGUCGGUAUAACUGUCGCCGGUAUUAGCAACGACUUCCUCACAAUUUACCUGAAUAUUUGGGUUAGACUUACGAACCCUAACAAUGCUCUCAUCGUUGCUGGUGGUGCAAUCAUGUCUGUUUUCACCAUCAUUGUAGCAAUUAUGGUUAGCUGGCUGUAUCUAGUUUACAUGUCUCCAAGAAUGGCGGAAAGAAUGCACAAGAUCUUUCUCACCGCGGUCACUAGUGCAAGUCUACCAUUCAUCACGACUACGAGCAGCGGUCUAUUCAUCAACAGAUUCAGCCAGGACAUGGCAAUUCUCGCCAAGGAACUUCCUACAAACCUCCUCAAUGUUGUUCGCAAAACUGUGGAAAUUGGAUUUCUACUCGGUGUCAUUGCUGCUGGAUCUAUCUACGCAAUUGCCUUUAUCCCAGUGUCGAUCAUUUAUCUCUGGAUCCUGCAGUGGUUUUACCUGCGAACCAGUCGACAGAUGAGAAUUCUAGAAUUAGAAGCCAAAACGCCUAUGUUUACCAAGAUUGGAGAAUCCCUGUCUGGAGUCGAGCAUAUUCGUAGCUAUGGCUGGGAACAUCGCUUUAUUGAGAAUAGUUUCUCCCUGGUGGACUAUUCACAAAAGGCCUACUACUAUUUCCGCAGCAUCCAAAGAUGGCUGCUGCUGGUUCUGGAUCUUGCAGGAGCUGCUGUUGCUAUCAUCCUAGUGACUCUUGCUGUCAAUUUUAGAGCUCAGACAAACCAGGCCGGCCUAGGGUUGGCGCUGGUGAACGUUGUCACCUAUGGCCCGGCCAUGCGACACUGGCUUAUGUUCUGGACCAGAGUUGAGAAUGCACUUGGUGUCAUCGCACGAUUGAGGCUCUUUGUUCAGAAUACGCCGGUUGAGAAGGAUGUUGAUGGCGACGCGCCUGCUUCAUGGCCAACCAAGGGCGAGGUAGAAUUUAGAGAUGUCACCGCCAAAUACGGGGCCGAUUCAACAACUGAAGCCUUGAAGCACGUUUCUUUGACGAUCCGCCAUGGCCAGAAGGCAGUCAUUGCUGGCAGAACCGGAAGUGGAAAGAGUAGUUUUGUCCUGACAGUUCUUAACUUCUUGAACCUGUCCGGCUCCGUCUUGAUUGAUGGAGUGGACAUUUCUGAAAUUCCUCGACACACCCUCCGCCACAAAAUCACCACAAUUCCUCAAGAAGCACUCUUGCUACCUGGCUCAAUCCGACGAAAUCUCAUGCCAUUUGAACUCAUGCAUGAUGACGGCAACGCAGAUAAGGAGUUGGAUAGCCGUCUUGAACAGGCUCUUGACGAUGUCGGUCUUCUUGCGCAAGUCCAAAAGAAGGGUGGGCUCGGCAUGGAAAUCAAUGAUGUUCAUUUCUCAGCCGGCCAGAGACAACUAUUCAACAUUGCCCGCGCGCUAAUUCACCACAAAGAUCAUGAGACUAAGAUUAUUCUCAUGGACGAGGUGACCAGUGCCAUGGAUCAUGAAACUGACCGCAAGCUGCAGGACAGGAUGAAUGCGGCAUUCAAGGAUUCUACUGUAAUUGUGGUAUCUCAUCGUGCAUCUGGCUUUGAGAACUCGGACAUUGUUAUUAGACUACGUGAUGGUGGGUUGUUGAAGCCAGAUGAAUCUGAUGACGAGUCCACCGAAGUAAAGACUUUGGAAAAGGAGGUCAUUGAGCCCUCGUCCAGAGGCGAGAGUGAAAAAUGAUCGAGGCUCUCUACUAUUUACUAUAUACUGAAACUUCAAAUGUAAUGAAAAAGGAUCUAUCACGGACGUCGAGUCAAGAUGUGCGCUACCAAGGCAAUCACAAAUAUGCCGCAUAACAGUCUACUACAGGUGUACGAUUGCCCGUCAAAUUGAAGUGGUAGAGCCCGGUGGAACCUGCACUCCAUUUUAAUUAUUUCCUCUAUUUUGGGUAACUUAUACUUAUUAUCUCGAUAUUAAUGUCGUUGCAGCGUAGGCCGUACCCUGACUACCGCCUCGCCAUCAGUUACUUCAACAUUCAGGUAAGGGCGCUGUAAUGUUGCUGCGGAGUGUGCAGCCAUCAUCACCGAUCUCCGUUGGAAGAUCUGUGAGAUAAUUCGCGACAUCAAAAGGUUGCUAUCGUUGUCAACGUAGUUCGUAAUGCCAUCGAUAAGCACAAACGAGGUUCUGUUCAGGAGGUACCGCAUGACACCUUGGGCAAAUGCAAAUCGCUGCAUUUGCUCAGGGGACAUUUGAAUCUGCUCAAGUCGUCGAAGGAGGCCACCUUGUGAAUCGAUAACGUCCCAGAUGCUCAGUUUCUCUAGAACACACUUCAUAGUCCUGGUGUAUAAUCUCAUAUCCCCAGCGUGUAGGAGCUCCUGGGGAAGUAGAUUCUGGCGAACGGUACCUGGAAAGAUGAUUGGUCUGUCCACGAUGAUGUUUACUCGUGAUAAGAUUGUGCGGGGUGAGACUUCACG